GCUCUACGAUCUCGGACGUCGGGUUACGCGCGUCGCGGAGGCGGCUACGGACUGAGAUACCGGCACCCAGCUCCAGGGCCGGGGUCGCGGCUGGGCAGCGCGGCCCGGGCUGCAGCGAGGCCGGCGGCCCCUCGCGCCCUCCCGUCAGGCCGCCAUGCAAGGCCCGGGAGGGAACGUGAGCCGCGGGCCGGCCUCCACGGUCGCGUCCGGGGCGGGCCGCUGUGAGAGCGGCGCGCUCAUGCACAGUUUCGGCAUCUUCCUGCAGGGGCUGCUCGGCGUCGUGGCCUUCAGCACAUUGAUGCUUAAACGCUUCAGAGAACCAAAGCAUGAAAGACGGCCAUGGAGAAUAUGGUUUUUAGACACUUCCAAACAAGCCAUAGGGAUGCUGUUCAUCCACUUUGCAAAUGUGUACCUAGCAGAUCUCACUGAAGAGGACCCUUGUUCACUGUACCUCAUCAACUUUCUUCUGGACGCCACUGUAGGCAUGCUUCUCAUUUAUGUGGGCGUACGUGCCGUCGGUGUCUUGGUAGAGUGGCAGCAGUGGGAAUCCCUGCGUUUUGGAGAAUAUGGAGACCCUCUGCAGUGUGGGGCCUGGGUAGGGCAGUGUGCCCUCUACAUCGUGAUCAUGAUCUUUGAAAAGUCCGUGGUCUUCAUCGUCCUUCUUAUACUCCAGUGGAAAAAGGUGGCCCUAUUGAAUCCAAUUGAAAACCCAGACCUGAAGCUGGCCAUCGUCAUGCUGAUAGUCCCCUUCUUUGUCAAUGCUUUCAUGUUCUGGGUAGUGGACAAUUUUCUCAUGAGAAAGGGGAAGACGAAAGCUAAACUGGAAGAAAGAGGAGCCAGCCAGGACUCGAGGAAUGGGAGCAAGGUUCGCUACCGAAGGGCAGCAUCCCAUGAGGAAUCUGAGUCUGAGAUCCUGAUCUCAGCUGACGACGAGAUGGAGGAGUCUGACGCCGAGGAGGACCUCCGGAGACCUGUGAAGAAGAAGCACCGCUUCGGGCUGCCUGUAUGACACAUUCCCACGCUGCGGGUGACAGUCCUGGGGCCCAGCCCUGCAGCAGCGUUGCUUCCCUCCUCUCUACCCUCCUCUUCUACCUCCACUCCUCCUGCUGUCUCUGCCCGCUCUCCACCCGCCCCAGACGACUGUGACUUAAAAGAGGGAAGAGGACCAGUGCCUGAGGGGGCUGUGGGCAGCUGGAGUUCCCACUCAGUUGCACUACAAACACUGACCAAAUAUGCAAGCGAAGAGCUUUGUUUGUUUGUUGUUGUCCCUUUGGGGUGCUGUGAGACCCCCUGUCCUGUCUGACCAAGUGGCAUGGUGGAAGGAAACAGCACACAGACUGUUGCAGGGCCUGGAGCUGAGGCUGCCAACCUUGUGGACGAGUGACGUGCUUGCGGUUAGCAGUUGCUGGUUGACCCAAGUUGGAACAGGAAUGCUUUCUUAACUCAAAAUGGCUUUUGUAACUCUUUAUUUCUAAAGCCAAUUUUAUGAGCUGUGACAGUGUUACUGUUUUUUGAGUAUGUGUUUAUUUCCUACAAAGUCUCUAUGGGUCUAAUGGGCAACAGAUUUUUAAGUCUUCCGUAUGCUGUUUGACUUUUAUAUUUUUAAGUUAUAUUUUCAUACUAUUGUAUUUAAAACUCUUUUUAAUCCCCAAAGACAUGGAUUUGUUCGCCUUUCAUGGGGUAUGAGCUGGUGGGAAAUGGGUAAAACUGAGGAGGUUUUUAGCCAGGAAUAUUGUUAGGUAACGUCAGUGAUGAGGUAAAUGGUCUUGAUGGGAAGGUAGAGAGAUAGAGCUUAUCUGUGGUCACAGAUCCAUAGUUAAGGUCAGAACUUUCUCAGGAGGCAGCUACUCAGGUAGAUCUGUGUGCUCCAGUGUAGGGACAGACAGAGCCCUGCCAGGGCUAUAAGCUGUCAGGUUAGAGGCAUUGGUUAAACUUCAUUCAGGAAGGAGCCCAGGAGUUAGGCAUUUGUGUCCAGAGGACUCAAGGCCACCAGGCUACUCCCACUGGUUUCCUGCCUCUCUCAGUCUCUAAAUUGCAAGUGUUAGAAUGGCCCGGUCUCGACUACCGGAACAGCAGCUUGCAGAGCCAACCUUUGCCCUGGUCUGUCACCAGCUGUCACCUGCUUGCUUGCUCAGCUGUCUUCCUGGCUGGAAAAGCCUGUCACCGUGCCCUCCAAAGUUGUGAAGUGACUGCAGCAGAGCAGACACUGGUGAGAGCCAUGUUUGAAUGUGUAGGUUAUAUGAGGCAUUUCUAACUGGCUCUUCUUUGCUGGCCACACCCACUCCUCAGCCUGGCUGCGGUUUACCUGUGGUCCAGGCUGGCCUGGGAGCAGUGGGGCGGGGCUGUCUGAUAGCCUGUCAGUGCAGCCGGCAGCACAGCGGUAAGGAGCACAAGGACACCCCACCACCUCAUGGGCUGGAGGAAAGACAAGCACAGAGGACAGCUCUCCUCAGAACCUCCUAAGCCUGGAUCAGAGUGUACUUUGCAUAUGCAUACAGGAUCUAAAUAUGCUUGUGACCUGUGACCCUAGCCCUUACCCAGGGUACCCAGGGCUGUCUUCUGCCACUUGAAGUCUUACUUGUCGUAGACAGAAGGGUAUGCUCUGGGUGGCUCUCUCAGCUCAUUGUCUAGUGCAAGCACUGCUGAGAAGAGUGAGUCUGCUGUGGAGGCUUCACUUUCCAGUCAGGCAGAGGUCAUGACCUGGAAUGGAUUGGCCAGGUCCUGCCUUCUUCCCGUUUCCCAUUUCCCGUUUCCCUUCCAUCCCGUCCUACAUUCUCUCCCCUUCUCUAGUGAGCUUCCACUCAGCUGUGUGGAAGGGUACAGCUCACACUCCUGGUGAGAUGGCCAGCUCCCAGGGGCGUUGCUGACGUCAUCCUUACAUCCCCUUCCUGUUUCGCUGUGCUUUAGCUGGCCUGUGCUGUGCACACCCCUGCUGUCCUUCUGGAGCUCAGAGCUCAAACCUCAUUUUCAGACUUGAGGCACGGAGGCGGGGGAAACACUAUCAAGGAUGGAAACUCCCGGUGCACAGCCUCCCACAGGGGAUCCGUAAGGUCCUCCCAGCUCCCAGGCACAGGGCCUGGAGGACAGAAAGGAAGUGAGUGCAGGUUCCUUCUGCGUCCUGAUUUCCACUAAGGGCUAUAGUCGCUAGCUGCAGCUGUAGAGCUGGCUCAGCAGGAGAGGAGGUCCAACAGGUAUCCGCUACUGGAGCCUGUAUGUGUGUAGGCUUGAUGUGUGUUUGUCCUUCCCUCUUCCUGUGUGGAUGUGCGCACGCACUCAUGCAGCAUAAGCACAUACACUCACACAAUUCUGCGUCCCUCAGGAGAGCCUCUGGUGGCUGACAAGGUCUUCUGUUACUAUGGUGCACUGUCUCACUGGUAUGGAUGUAGAGGGCUCUAGUCAGGACUUCUUCCUGAGCUGUCCCCCCUCCCUGGAACGAGUGUCCGCAUCACUUGUUCCAAGUUGCCUUAUGAGGUGGGACCCUUUACUGGCUGAUGUCAGGCAACACCGAGCUAGAAAAAAAAAAAAAAACAAAAAAACAAGAAGUGGAAUGCUGAUCUAGCUAUGGUGUGCUGUCAAUCUGAUUUGUCCAAAUAGGUACCUUGGCCAAGCUGUUCUUGGUGGAAGCUUGCAAGCCAAGGUGAUGAAUGAGGGUCUUUUUGUAACUAACAGAAAUAAACCAAUGAGAGAGAGCUGACA